ACUUAAGCACUCGAGAGCGGAGAGAGGUUUGCUAAAAUUGUUAUACAUGGUUUGUUAAUUGCUAUACAUACCAUUUUCCGUGUACGGGUCAUUUAAGACCGUUCGCCUGGCCGAGUUAAGUUCCAGAUGUUAUCACUGUGAAUCAACAGGCUUCAGGUACGGGCCCCUACAAUACAACGUACUGGGUAAAUAUAUACAGAGGCAUAAUAAAUCAGUGGGCCAAAUCAAACAACAAUAUGGAUCACUUUGAAAUCUUGCCAGCUGAACUAAUCCAGAAUAUACUACGGUAUCUUCCUGGCCGAGACCUGCUGCGAGUGUCCUGCGUGAGUCGCAACUUCAGAAGCGUCAUAAACUAUGCAGAACUGUUUCGGGACUUGUGUCAACGGACGUCGAGAGACGAUACUGGAGAGUGGACCAUUGAAUGCCGGAGGAGGCCCCCGCGCUUGCGAUUGGGAAAGCAACACGGGAAGGAGUUUUGCAGUUCGCCUUCGGCCGAAUCGGAUGUGAAUUGGAAGCAAAUAUGGACGGAUUUAGUGAAUCUGCAGUCGAAACACAGGGACUAUGUCUACCCACUCAUUGACAGGGGUGUAUAUGCAAGCACGACUGACCGCGAGGAUCAGAUCCUUGCGAAUACUCUGCACAAUGGAUCUAGCUUCUGGAGUAGCAUAGGCACAACAACAACGACGCCACCCGAAUGCGUUGCGUACAAACUAGUGCAGCCUGUAUGUGUGGUCACGGCGGUCGAGAUUUUCCCCUUUAAGGCAGUGUCGCAUCAUGGACUACCAACAUACGGUCCGCAGCGCGUGCGCAUCUCAGUGGGAUUUAGCGAACACGCGUGGCACUACGUAUCGGAUAUUAUGGUAUGCGGGAACAUCAGCGAGGCACAGGUAUUCAAUAUCGCCCCAGAUAUCGUUGUCGGGUCGCAUAUCAAAAUAGAACUGCUGGGCCGUCGUUCGAUUCAGCCUGCGGACGGCCUUUACUACAUCGUUCUCAAGCAAGUGAAGGCUUAUGGGAUACCUCUCGGAGUUCUAGACAUGCCUGUUCUGGCCGAGCUACUGUUGAAGGAGGCAACCUCGUUCGGUUGCAACGUUUUGCAGGAUAAGGCCCCGGAGAUUGCACUUCAGCAGCUCGAAAGCGGCUUUUCCGACAGCUUAGAAGCCCGAACAGAGGGUAAGGCGAUGUUGGUGAGGUUUGCAGCCAUAUUCAAACGUGGAGACUACAUCAAUGCGGCACAGUAUACUGGUAGAAGCUCAGCGGGUCCUCUAUUGCGCGAUAUGGUUGAGUAUUUCGAGAUUUUAGAAGCGGAGGCAGGCGAUCCCACCCAUCUCCAGUACUACCGCUCGUUGUCUGAGACCGGGAUACGGUUGAAUGAGAAUGAAUCGCUGGCGCUGGUGAGAGAGAGCAACCGAACGCGAGACUAUCGAUUGCUGAGUCAGUACACCAGCCAGGACGAUGUACGCGUGACCCAAAAUAUAUCCUGUACGGAGCGCAUGGGAGACCUGAUUGUCGAAAGCGCGCGAUCCGAACGGGAUGGGCCAGUGCGUAAGGAGAUGUACCUGGCUGCCAUGCGCGUGUACUACCACGCCACCACCUGGGACAAGAUGAUUGACAUGUUGCUGGAGCUAUGCUACUUCGGAGUCAUUAUGAAUUUCCCAAAUGGGAUACAGUAUCAGUUCAACUGGCCUAGCAUGCUAGCGCAAGUGGUCGAACGGCACAAUUCGAGAGCCCUGGGACUGCAGUUCGCAGGCAUCAUCGUGCAGCACCGCCGUGUGGGAGACGAAGUACACCGGACGCUGGGUAUGCAAUUGUCAGUGAAGCGGCGGCCGCAUGAAUCUUGGGGAAAGGCCAUCGUACGCGAAUGUGUAGAGACUCGCAGCGCGGCGAAUGAUGUGAUCGAGUCCUUAUUCAAAAAUUAGAAUUGGGUAGGGCAGUAAAUUGACUAGGUCUGCCCGGUCGAAUUCUGAGGAAAUAAAAUACACGUGCACCCAG